AUGGUUUUUAAGCUGCUGCUGACCUUUUUAUGUAUCAGCUUAAAAUCGAUUUAUUCGCAAGAGGAAAGCGAAAAUCUUGAAUGGUAUAUGAAAAAUUUGAUCAAUUCUACGUAUGAUCAUCGUAUUCGACCGUACACUUUGGAUAGUCGAGGAAAACGAAAGCCGAUUGAGGUGACGGCGAACAUUUAUUUGCGACAAAUUCCCGAAAUUUCCACAAAAGAGAUGAAAAUCAAAGCUCAAAUCACUUUCCGACAAGAGUGGAUCGAUCCCCGUUUGGCUUAUAAAUCCAUCUCUAAUAGUCGAAAGUAUCCAUCAGCGCUUCAUUUGACAAAGCGCGAAAACGAGAAUUUAGUCUGGUUGCCGGAUACGUUUUUUCAGAACUCGUUAGACGAGAGUCGGCACAAUGUUCAAGUGCCGAACGUUUUAAUUCGAGUGGAUCCAGAUGGUCGCGUGCUUUACAGUGAACGAAUUGGAUUGACGCUUUCGUGUCCGAUGAUUUUAACGAGAUAUCCAUUCGAUCGACAAGUUUGUCACCUCGAUUUCGCUUCCUACUCUUUCACUGAAAAGGACAUCAUCUACAAAUGGAAAAAGGAUCAUCCCGUUCAAAUCAAAGCUGGGCUCACGGAAAAUAUCCCGAACUUCUUGUUGGAACCGGUGGAAACGGAGAAUUGCAGAAGUUCGACGAAUAGUGGAACCUACAGUUGUCUACGAGUGAAAAUCCCGUUGAAGAGAAUCUCGUGCUCCGAGCUCUUGCAACUCUACAUCCCAUCAACUAUGCUCGUCAUUUGCUCCUGGGCUGCUUUCUUCUUCAACAAACGUUUUCUCAGCGCUAAAACGACAAUCGUGAUGCUUGUUCUUGUUUCAAUGAUUCUUUUGUCCUCAUUUGAGAAUCAGAGAGCGCCAGCUACAGCUUACAACAAAUCAAUUGAUUGCUGGAUUGGUGUUUGUUUCCUCUUCGUUUUCAUGGCUCUCGUUGAAGUGGCUGCUGUGGCGUUUUUUGAGCAAACAAAAUGCUGUGAACAAGGAAAUCGGGGAAAUGAGAUUACUCAAAAGAAUGAGUAUGAGGCUUUGGUUCCAAGCCAAGUCGAGUCAAAUCGUCAUUUUGAUCUUCGUCAAAAAUGGAAAAAUGAUCCAGCUGAUGCUAUCGAUUUUUUCUCAAGAAUCGUUUUCCCAUCCGCUUUCUUUCUCUACAUUAUCGUUUACGCAAUUUGCGUGAUUGCCAGGAAA